GCCACGCCAACCUCAUGAGUGUCACCAAGUUGGACCAAUAGCGGCCGGAGUUUCCACUCCUUCGUUUUUGCUUGACGAAUCAGAUUCCAGCUGGGCGGAACCACCGUGGGCCUGGUGUUCAUGUUUGGUUGCCUAGGCAUUCUCUGGAUGGGAUUUUAAACUACUGGACCCGAACUGAAGACACACCAGGACCGAUACCGGACCACACCACACCUCUUCUGUUGUGUUCCGAGCAGCUCCCCGAGUCUCGGAUACUAACGGGAACUAUUACUGCUCCAACUUUGACUUCAACUUUAACUUCAGACGGAAUGGAUUUUGAAAAAACCUAAUCUGGACAUUUUACCGUACGAGUGCUUUUAGCGGAGUUUGCCAACUUUUGCGGAGGUCGCUUGAAAGUGUUUUUCGAGAGGGGGGGACUUAAGUCAAAGCUAAAAUGGAUCAAGCCAGCGGCGGAGAGGACCCGAAUAAACCCUCCAAGAAGAAGUCCAGCGAGGAUGAGGGUAAAAACAAAAAGCUGAACAUACACAUAAAAACAUUGGCUGAUGACAUGCGUGAUCGAAUCACCAGUUUUAGGAAAACAGGGAUGAAGAAGGAGAAGCUGCUGAUCCAGCAUCCAACAGAUCCCAUUUCCACUCAGACUGAACUGCCUGUUCCUCAGCCCCUGUUUGACGACCGCUCCAACCUGUCAGAGAAGGAGAUCAUUGACCUCUUUGAGAAAAUGAUGGAGGACAUGAACCUCAAUGAGGACCGCAAAGCCCCUCUGCGUGGAAAGGACCUGAGCACCAAACGUGAGAUGGUGGUCCAGUACAUCUCAGCCACUGCCAAAUCUAUAACUGGGAGCAAAGUUGUGGGCGGACUGAGGAACAGCAAGCAUGAGUGUACGCUUUCAUCCCAAGAAUAUGUCCAUGAGCUCCGUUCUGGCAUCACAGAAGAAAAGCUGCUCAAUUGUCUGGAGUCCCUCAGAGUGUCUCUCACUAGUAACCCUGUCAGUUGGGUUAAUAACUUUGGGCAUGAGGGUCUUGGUCUUCUGCUGGAUGCCCUGGAGAAGCUGCUGGACAAGAAACAGCAGGAGAACAUUGACAAACGGAACCAGCAUAAACUCAUCCAGUGUUUGAAGGCUUUUAUGAACAAUAAGUAUGGCCUGCAAAGGAUCCUGGGAGAUGAGCGCAGCCUGCUGCUGCUGGCACGGGCAAUCGACCCCAAACAGACCAACAUGAUGACAGAGAUUGUCAAAAUUCUCUCUGCCUUCUGUAUUAUUGGAGAGGAAAACAUCCUGGAUAAGAUUUUAGCUGCCAUGACAAUUGCUGCCGAGAGGAACAAUAAAGAGAGAUUCGCACCAAUUGUGGAAGGACUGGAGAACCACGAAGCGCAGCAACUCCAGGUUGCUUGCAUGCAGCUUAUCAACGCAUUGGUCACCUCCCCUGAUGACCUGGACUUCCGGAUACAUCUGCGCAAUGAGUUCCUAAGAUGUGGGCUCAAGAAGAUCCUCCCUGAGCUGAAGGAAACGGAGGAGCUGGACAUCCAGCUAAAGGUGUUCAACGAGAACAAGGAGGAGGACUCCAUUGAACUCUCCCAUCGCCUGGAUGACAUUCGCGCUGAGAUGGACGACAUGAAUGAGGUGUACCAUCUCCUGUCCAAUAUGGUGAAAGACACCGCCUCAGAGACCUACUUCCUGUCUAUCCUCCAGCACCUAUUGCUCAUCAGGAACGACUAUUACAUCAGGCCUCAGUACUACAAGGUGAUAGAGGAAUGCGUGUCUCAGGUGGUCCUGUACCGCAACGGGAUGGACCCUGAUUUUGGCUACAGUCAACGGCUGGACGUGGACUUCACCCUGCUAAUCGAUCAGUGUGUGGAUAAAGCCAAAGUUGAGGAGAGUGAGCAGAAGGCUGCAGAGUACUCCAAGAAGUUUGAUGAGGAGUUCAGCGCACGACAGGAGGCCCAGGCCGAGUCUCAGAAGAAGGAUGAGAGAAUCAAAGAGUUAGAGGGGAAGAUCCAGACCCUGGAGUCACAGUUAACUGUUGAAAAAGACAAGCUCAAAGAGGCUCAGAGACUCAUCGGGGAAUCUGACGCCAAGAUUGCAGCGGGUCCGACAGCGCCUGGAGCCCCACCUCCGCCGCCUGUACCAGGGGGCGCGGCGCCUCCUCCCCCGCCGCCUCCACCCCCACCGCCACCUCCACCUGGCGGCUGUCCUCCCCCCCCUCCCCCCCCUCCUCCACCGUGCCACGCUGGCAUUCCACCACCACCUCCUCCCCCGGGUGGAGGGCCCCCUCCUCCCCCUCCACCCCCCGGCUGUGGACCCCCGCCUCCUCCGCCGUUCUUUGGGGGCCCGGGCGGGCCUCCACCCCCUCUUGCACCGCCUGUUGUCAAGCUGCCUUAUGGACUGGAGCCCAAGAAGACCUACAAGCCUGAAACCACGAUGAAGAGGCUUAAUUGGACCAAGAUAGUGCCUCAGGAAAUGGCAGAGAAUUGCUUCUGGAUCAAAGUCAAAGAAGAGAAGUUGGAGAAUCCUGACCUAUUUGCUCAGCUCUCGCUCACCUUCUCCUCGCAGAGCAAAGUGAAAAAAGAUGUGAAAGACGAGGCUGAUAGCAAAAUGCCACAAUUCAAGAAAAAGGCAAAGGAACUUCGCAUCCUUGACGCCAAGACAGCUCAGAAUCUGUCAAUUUUCUUGGGCUCGUUCCGCCUGCCUUAUGAAGAGAUCCGGGACAUUGUGCUGGAAGUAGACGAGGAGAGGCUGAGCGAAUCACUCAUCCAGAACCUGAUAAAGAAUCUGCCGGAGCAGAAAGAGCUUAAUGCUCUAGCGGAACUAAAGGGUGAAUAUGAAGAGCUAGUGGAGUCGGAGCAAUUUGGUAUUGUGAUGAGUUCUGUAAAGCUCCUACGCCCACGUCUCAACGGCAUUAUAUUCAAGCUGACCUUUGAGGAGCAGGUAAAUAACAUCCGUCCGCAUGUCAUGAACGUGACGUUCGCCUGCGAGGAGGUGAAGAAGAGCGAAAGCUUCAGCAAAAUCCUGGAGCUGGUGUUGCUGGUGGGCAAUUACAUGAACGCCGGCUCGAGGAACGCCCAGACGUUCGGCUUCAACAUCAACUUCCUGUGCAAGCUGAGAGACAUCAAAUCCGUCAGUCAGAAUACAACACUUCUUAACUUCCUGGCUGAGAAGUGCGAGGAGAAUUACCCGGAGAUGAUGGGCUUCGCAGAUGAGCUGGAGCACGUGGAGAGUGCCAGCAAAGUGUCAGCAGAGACUUUAAAGAGCAGUUUGACCACCAUGGAACGUCAGAUCCAGAGGCUGGAGAACGACAUCGAGAACUUCCCCAAAACAGACGACCAAAAAGAUAAGUUUGUGGAGAAGAUGUCCGGCUUCUGCAAGCAUUCCCGGGAGCAGUACGAGAAGCUGUCCACCAUGCACAAGAACAUGCAGAAGCUGUACGAGAACAUCGGCAGCUACUUCGCCUUCGACCCGCACUCCGUGAGCGUGGAGGAUUUCUUCGGGGAACUCGCCAACUUCCGCAUGCUCUUCAUGUCGACCCAUCCCUCCUGGCACCGCCCCAAAGAUUCCUGGUGCCAGGAUGAUGACACGGUGUCCAGAAGGCACGCUCGCAGUCUUCACAAUCUAUUACCGUGAAUGGCAAGGUCCCCUUGUCUGGAUCCUUCCCCUCUCUUUAGUCUGAUCCCCAUCUGAAACCAACUUUUCAUUCCCAAUGAUCAAAGUGCACCAGCACACAACACAACGCUCCCCCAAGGAUUCCACAGUUGUGUAUCUCUAAAAGAGGCAUCCACCCAAGAAAAUAAAUUAUUCUCUCAAGCAAAUAGCUGCAUAUGAAUAUUUAUUACUGAUUUAAACUUUCCUGCUAUGGAUAAGAGGAAGGAAGUGAGUGGGAUAAAGUGCUGUGGUUGAAAUGGGGGGAGCUGGUUAUAAGUUAAUGUAUUCAUAUAAAAACAAUCCUUUAAUCACCACAUUCUUCAGAUAUUAUUUAUAGUUUUUGGCUCUUCAGCUCUGCUGACAGAAAGGCUAAUCCCGUCUGCUUGCGGAGCACAAGGAAUCAGCGCCUGUUUCUGCUUGAACGUUUUUAUUUCCUUACCCUGUGAAAACAAGUGAGCUGGCUGCGAUUCAGCCCGACGGAAGCCUCGUCCCGAGCCGCUCCCUGUCAGCGAACGGGCUUCGUGGAGAUGUCAGUCAGUUUAUCUUUGACGAAGUCAGCCGGCAUCAACAUUACUGAUUUGUUCCAAAUGGCAAAUCAAAUGAACACCGCGACUUCUUGUCAGUUAAUAAUUUACAAAGAGCCCAGAAUUUAGCUUCUUGAUAUGCCUGGUGUGCCUCAGACUUUCAUUCCAAUAUUGAGACGCUGACUUGUUAGACUCAGAUGAAACAUCUUCGGCAACUUCUGUCCGUGUUGCAUUGCCCUGUGUAAUGCAUUCGCAGCACAAAGCGUCGGCUGUAUUAAAGAAUUCUGUUGCAAUACAGUCGCCCUAAAUUGCUUUUACUUAAAAGCUAGGGCUUAAUGCACCCGGCCGACAUGAGGCAUUUGAGUAAACGCACUGACAGACAGUCCUCACAGAACUGAAUGUAACUGAUAAGAGAAUCCAUUAACUCUGUUUUCCCUCUGUUUUAUUCUCUUUCUCCCCCACUCUCCCAACCCACCCCCCUUUUUCUGUGGCCAGUGAAAUAUUUGAUUUUAACACGUGGAGUCAGUAUUCCUAUAGUCCAGCAAUUUGCUAAUUUAAUGCUGCUGCCCUAUUCUGAAAUAGAGUGAGUGAAAUGCAAUCUCGGGGUCUGUAUGUGUAAUCCUGACCAGGAGCGGUGGGGAUGAGGAUUUUUCCAUUAAUGAGUUAUCAAAGCGCAGCAGAUGGGCUGGGAUGAGCUAACAGUCUUCCUUGUUAGCGGAGCGACUUUCUAAUAAGACCACGAGACCCAGACCAGGUUCGCAAAGUAACAAGAUAGAGCAUCUAAGAGAUUAGACCCAUGAUCUGUGUUUAUUUCUGUGUGUGUGUGUGUGUGUGUGGGGGCUGCAUCCAUCCACACUUGAGCCCAUUUGAUAUUUCUAAAGCUUCGUAAUUCCCACACAAUAUGACAAAUUAUCAUAAUCAUGCCACUCCCGCUGAAGAUUAUGCUCUGACAGCGCCACUCUUCCCACCUCCCUGAUGAAUCACUGUCAUGUUUUACUCUCACAUGUUUCACUGACACUAGUGCGACCAGCCAUUAGAAUCACGGCACCAGAUUUUGCAGGUCAUCUAUCAAUAUGCUAAUCCCUCUCUACCAGCAGAGCACAAGUCCUGCAGUCCAUAGUCUAUAACUGGUGGAAGCCACUUCCCCUCCGCACCCUGGCACACAGUGUAGCAGAUGGCUAAUAGGCACGAUUGCUGCUUAAAGCUCAGGCACAGUGGUGUUUGUGAAAAUUCAGACGAGAUAUAGCGGUGACACUCUCUGUGUGAGCUCACUGGUGCAACCGAGCACUUAGAAAUACUCAUUGGACUGGCAAGCGUGCAUGCGUGGGGAGGGGAGUCGUGCUGUGGGAGAUGUAGUGUGUUGUGCAGGGUCAGGGAAGAACACCAAACACGUUUCAUGAAUUAUUUAAGGAGCAGACCUGGGAAGGGGACAGCGCUACCUGGCCCUUGUUGGCCGACUGGCCCAGUGGGCCGCACAGCGUUCUGCUCUGCAGCCAGGCAUGGCUAGGGGAGAACGCACCACCUGCACCUCAGACACGCUGCAGGCCGAGUGUGACAUCCACUCACUCCGUCUCAUUGCCUCUGAGCCUAAAAGUCAGAAUGUGCUGUUUCCGUAGUGUUGUUGACAGCCCCAGCUGGCAUUAAGGCACUUUCAGAAAAACCACGGGUUUUGUUGUGUCUGUAGAGACUCUAUAUUCUAAGUAUAAAUUUACAUCCCCCCCGAGCAAAAUGUAUAUAGUAGCUGCAACUCAAUCCCACAGAGAUGAUCCACAGAGGGGAAAACUUUUUUAGUUUUUUAGUGGGUUUAACAUUCACUGAAAAUGUCCAUAAAAACGGAUACCUGUAUUUAAUGAGUUAAAUCAAAAUAAAUAAUAAAUGAAUAAAAUGUAGAAAACUGAUUAUUUGGCAUGACUGUACAAACAAUGUGCCUUUUUUUAAAAUGGCGUCUGAAGACGACAGGAGUUCAUAAAUCCCUCUCCUGCUGGAACCAGUUGACCUUGUUAACUGAGCUCAAUGUGCAUGUGAAUUCGAGUUUGCAUUUAUAUUUAUUGCCCUCAGCUGGAAGAUGCACUAUCAUUAUCAUUAUUACAUUAUACUUUAUGUUGUGGAAUACAUGCUGGAGCUUUCUCUGUAAUGAUCAUCACCAAAGGGCUUAUGAUGAAAUGGCAAAAAUAUCCCGGGUCACCUGAGGUCACAUUGUAAAUAUUAUACUACAACACUGAUGACCUUGACCUACAUGAGAAACUCAAAAUAUUUAUUUUUCGGACUUUGAGCAUUUAUAAAACGUAUUUAAGUAGACCUUUCUUUAUUAUGUAUUUGUUUCUAUGGCAAUUAGAGGUGUUGUUUGAUUAGAGCAACAUAAUUAUGCUGCAUAAUCUUGUUUACAGUCAAAAUUAGUUGUUUGUUUAAAAUAAGUUUUGCCGGCAGUAUUUUAUACGUAAUUUGCAUAAUUUAUCUUCCAAGUGAAGCUGGAGAUGUUGAGCGAUGCAGUGAUAUUACUUUGAAAAUGAAUUGAAUCCUGUCAGUGGACGAGGAUGGAAAUCAAUUUGAUUCUGGCCGCCAGUCCUGCCCAUCACUUACAGGGAACGUCUGCGUUAACCGUUUCAUUACCGAACGCGGCCCACGGCGCAACCGCGGCGACGCCGACCAGCAGCGGUCCACGCACCGCAUAGAGCAGAGCUGGAUAAUGUGAAGUGCUGUAAUGUAGCAAAAAUGCAUAUUGAUUUGUGAUUGUUCACCAAGUUGUAACUGCUGAGGAAGCAAAGCAACUUUUUAUAUUAGACACAAUAAAACCGCACACUCUUUAUUAUUUAGAUUUUGCUCCAUCUCGCUUCCUUAUAUCAUCCUCACUUGACUUCUGCAUUACCCCCACUCCCCCCCCCUCUCUCUCUCCCUCUCUCUCUCUUUAUUGCCCUUGUCAUCUAACAAGGAGACACUGACAAUGAGGGCUCUGCUCUGCUAUUGACUGGCAUGAUGAGCUGCUCUUUCCUUGUUCCUUCCCUGCGAUCCCCGUAAUCCCUCUGUCUUAGCUGCCACCACGACACACACAUCAGGACCACGGGGACAUUAGAUGGUCGGCCUGGGGGGCUGUCGCCGCUUAUUAUAUCAGUGCACAAACAGCCAUGCCUCCGCUCACUGACACAUACGCACACACAGUUUACAUACAUACACAAUGGGGGGCGCCAGCGAUAGAAAAGGCACAUACGGCAGCACACCUCACACAUGCGCUAACACCUAUGAUGGCUCCUGUCGAGUGCUGUGCCCCGGGCCUGGGAUGGGAGAACGCUCCGCUGUCUCAAAAGGUCACGCACUCGCAUCUUACCCCGUUCUGGCACAGGAACAAACUGUCACAUUUGUAAAGGCUGAAUCCGUAGCGUUGAUUAUCUCUCUUUUCUCUGACUCCUUCCUGACAUUUCAGCCAGUCACGAAGGAGGGGGGUAAUAUCUUUUCCUCCUCCUCGGAGACCGCCACAUUGCUGCCGCACUUCUUUUCUCAUGCAGUAGCUUCCCUGUAUUAAAGGAGUUAUUGUAGCACGGUACGCGCUAUAUGUGCGAUGAUUAUCCAACCUCCUUUUUUGCGUGUAUAUAUAUAGCGUUGUGUUGAUGCAUUAUUAACAACGACUUGCUCUGCUAGUUAUCGUAAAUAUGUAACGCAGUGUUGGAGCCCUACCGACAAAUGGGCUUGUGUUAAAGAAGCACAUGCACGAAGCACAAUGUAUUGUUUAUUCCAGCAGCUUAUCUCCAACUAUCAAACCCUUCUCUGAAUAGGAAUUUGCUGAUGGCACGCUGCUGUGUCUGAGCACCGUACAGUAGCAGAGGCGCUAAAGGAGCGGCGGUGGUGGGGGCCAGGUUCCGCUUUUUAUCUCAACGCGUGCCUC